UCUACUUAAAUAUAAAAGAGAAAAGAUUGAUUCUCGCGUUGUUUAUAAAAAGUUCCACGGAUGAAUCAAUUAAUCUAGUUUUACGUUUUGAAGAUAUUUUUUGCUGACAUCACUUUGUCUAUUUUGAGGUUGCCAUGUUUAUCGUAUACAAGUUUUAAUUUAAUACAAAACAAAUACUAUAUUGGAGUUAUUGAGUCAACAUACUCUGCAAACGAUGUUAAAGAUUGCGGCAUUUAUUGCGUCAGAAGCCCAACCUGUGUUUUUGCCAACUUUAAUGAUAAUCAGCAAUUGUGUCAAUUAAUGUCAUCAUUUGCGAACUCGUUAAAUAGUUUAAACGACGAACAAUGGCAAGUAUUAAUAACAGAUUUAACAAAUGAUACAAAUGUUGGUCCCAUUUGUGAAAACAACACUCCUUGUGGAGGUCUAUAUUGCAGAGAUGUAUGUUUAUCGAACAAUUCAGUCCACGCGUAUGUUUGUUUAGCAACAAAUGAUGUAGCAAAAAUUGCAACUCCUUCGUUGUCAUCAACGUAUUCAUCAUCAUAUGUUGCACGUUACGCAAUUGACGGAGAUCUAAGUACUGUAGUAUCAACUAAUUUUGCUGGCAAUUAUAAAUGGUUUAAACUCGACUUGAAACUUACUUUUUUAAUAUAUCAAAUUAUAUUAUGGAAUAAUAGUUUUCGUCCAUUAGGAUUGAAAAAUAGUAAGUUGUUUGUAAGUUUAACAGACCAGUUACCAAAUUAUUAUCAGAUUUCGAUCUUAAGUUCCGAAAUACAGCAAACAUUUACAGGGUCAUACAAUGCUCGAUAUAUAAUUAUCACUAAGGAUUUUGCGGACGCACUACAGCUUGCAGAUAUUAGUGUUUUUGUUUGACUUUAUGUUAAUUACUAGUUACAUUAUUUUAAAAACAAUUUGAUCUAGAUAAGACUAUGGUUCUUUUGCUUCAACUUUUGUUUUUGUUUGUGAACACUUUAGUUUUUACUUCAAUAAAAAGAGAGCAGUUUGUUUAAAAGCAACAGUAGGUUAAAAAUUAUGUUGACUUAAACUUCUAGUUUACUAUAUCAGAUUUGCAGGUGAAAAGCUUUCAACUUGUUUUCUGUACUUAACGCUAAAAAGUACUAGCUUUUGGUUAGCCAUUUAGCUUAACUAUAUAGUAAAAUUCUGCACAUACGGUUAAUUUUCUUUAAAUAAAUUGUUUGAAUGUUA